GUGUGUGUGUGUGUGUGUGUGUAUGCCUAUGGGGCAUGAGUUAAUGUGUGACAGUCCCAGCCCAUAGCAGCAGACCACCAGACCAGAGUCAUGACAACCUGGAGAACAUCUGCUAAACUCACUGGCAUCCAGAUCAACUCACACACCAGCUGGGACAACAACACCAAGCUAAGAGUUUGUAGCUGUUGAAAGCAGAGCGAACUUGUGUGUUGAAGACGGACCCUGUUGAGGGUCUCGUCAUCAUGGAUGAGAUGGAGGACAAGACUUCUGUGCAUUCAGACGAGAGUGAUGUUGAAGAUGACCUUAGACGAUCAUCCAAGAUCCAGCCAGAAAACAGAAGAACAUCUAGAUGGAAGAAUGGUCAGUGUGUGCUGGCAGUACCAACCUCCUCCGUGCUGAGCCCCAGGUUUGAUCUGUCGCUCUGCAGGGCUCUGCUGGAGAGGGAUGGCUUCCAGAUUCCUGUAGCAGACUUUGAGACACCUCUAGACAUAGCACUGGAUGUGCCAUCGGUCAGGCGAUACCUGUUCCUUAACUCUUCUCUCUUCCACUUCAUCAUGGCACCGAUUAUAUAUGUGGUGAUAUGGUGUGCUGGGUUCUCCACUCUUCAUAUGUAUCUCUCGGUCACUGACUACUGGGUCCUCUGCCUGUCUGUCAGUCUGGUCUCCAUCUUCUUCACCACAUUCAUCAUCGUCAUCCUCCACUAUAGUAACAAGGAGAUAAACAUCAACAUUGACGUGCGACUCAUCCAGGUGAAUGAGAGGCUGAGCCAACAUAUGCUGCUGGUGGGCGUGGCUGACUGGGUGCAGAACUGCACUGGAACUCUACAGCUGUUCAUUGUGUACUGGGAUACGGCCCGCUGCUUGAGGACACUGACUGAAACUCUAGAGAUGAGCUUUGCCGGAGACGAGGCCCAGAAGAGACUCAAGAAGAGAAUGUCCCACCUUGUCCUGGUGUCAGAGGUCAUGACCCAUGACCCUGUGGCGGUGGGGUCAAGUGUUAAUGAAGGUUCUGAUGAGGAAAGGCCCCUCUUGAUGAAUGAUGAGACUGGAGGCAGUACCUCAACCAGCCAGAGGGAGGACACCAAACUCACUACUAACUACAUUUUGGUACCAGACCAAAAAGUGCCAGCUCAGGCCAAAGCACUCCAGCUUCUACUCACCUACGGUGCGGUGUAUGUCAAGCUGUUGGUAUCUGAAAAGCUGCCAAACUCCACACACCGCCCCCUACACCACAGGAGGAAUCACUGCACCACCACCUCCCUUUGUCUCUGUCAGUAUAUAAAAACCAAGGUCCUAGGAUUAUAAGACUGGGACACAGAAAAGCUCAUGCGUUCCACUUUAAAUAAUAUGUUACUGUAGGACAAUAGAAUAUUUGCACUGACAAUGUAAAAGUCACGACUUAGUACCCACUUGUGUACAUUUUGCAUUACAUUAUACAAACAAUAACGAUAUAUAUCUUUAAGAGGUUUGUCCUUAUGUAGACAGGGAUAUUAAUUUACAGUACAUGCUAAGACAUUUUGGGAGUGCAUUUAGAUAAACAGGGCAAAGUAUGAAUAAGAAUAUGUUCUUAACCGACUUGCCUAGUUAAAUAAAGGUUAAAUAAAUAAAAAUAAAUAGAUUUUGGGGAGAUAUAAAAAGAAAGAGUGGGGGCAAGAGAGAACAGAUUCAUUGAUGCAGAGAAAGUAUUAAGCUCAAGGGGUCAACAUGAAUCAUUGGUCUUGGCUGACUGCACAGCUACACAGAAGGAGCAUGUGGCACACAGUUUCAUUCAUUACCCAUCGUUAUUAAUCAGCCUUAACGCAACUGCCGAGGUGAUUGGCUCAUAAGUAUCCGGUGCUCAGCCCGAUGACACAAACGCACACAGUGAGCGACAGUGCAGGUCCCGCUCAGGGGAGGCAGGGAGGUGUAGUGGAACAGAGAUGCAUGUUGCGACAGACCAAGUAAAACGAUCGCAGAGAUGCUGGGUCGCUCUUCAGGAGGCUAAAUGACCAUCUGUGAUCCUUCAGACACGGUCUGGCCUAGUCCCACCACCUCCCUCUCUAUCUCUAUCUCAGAGGAGGCUGGUGGGAGGAGCAAUAGGAGGAUGGGCUCAUUGUAAUGUGUGGAAUGGAAUAAAUGGAAGAGAGUCAAACGUGUUUGAUACCGUUCCAUUGAUUUCACUCCAGCUACAAUGAGCCCGUCCUUCUAUAGCUCCUCCCACCAGCCUCCCACCAGAUAUUGAGUGAUCGUUCAUGUUCUGACAGUGAGAGAAAGAGAGAUACAGGGAUGGAGGAAUCCGGGCCAACUAUAAAUAAGCACCUAAGAGAUGUAGGGAGUGGAAAGGCCACAGAGAGAGAGUGGGAGAGAGUGAAAGACAGAGAGCGAGAUAGCUGUAGAGUACACAUCACUGUUACCUACUCUUGCACAACAAAAAAAACAUUUUAUUCAAACAAUUCAUACACAACAGAUGCAUGUGUAAUAUCCAUGAACAGAAAUAAACCCCAAGAAAAGUACAUGUACACUGUGAUUCGCCAGCCAAUUUGAAAAUGGCAAUCUAUUACAUUUACAAGCUCAGAGAAAAGGUAUCAAUACUGCAAAGAAGCAGUAGCAAGCCUGUCAUCUUCAAUGACAUAGAACUGCCUCACAAAACAAGUAUGUGGGAAAAGCACAGUGUAGAUCUAAACAACUAGAUAUGCUAGGAGUGAGCCUAAAAAGCAUAAGAACAUUCCAUACCAAUACUUCUCUUGUAUAGAGGUGAGUAACAGCACUACGGGUCACAGUACUGUGUUUACUUUGCACUCAACAUAUUUCUAGAACACCGUGUUAUCAGAAUAAGAACAUAUUCUCCAAAUACAAUGUACAUUAUAAAUAUAGUAAUGAUAAUCAAAUGUAAAAGUGAUUUCCAUGUAACAGAAUAAUAACCAUAGUAGUAAUAAUAAUUUAAUAAUACUUUUGGAAUAAAAUGUCAUACACCCUAAUACAAUAUUCAAA